GCCAUGGCGCGGGCGGCGGGCGCUCGGGGUCCGGCCGGGCGGCGCGGGAAGUGCGGGCGGUGCGGGCAGGGAGCGCUUCUCGCCUGCGCCGCGUGGACCGCGGGCUGGGUGCUGGCCGUCGCGCUGCUGCUCCGCGCGCACCCGGGCGUCCUCUCCGAGCGCUGCACAGACGAGAGGAGCCGGCGCAUCCUGGCCGCGCUGUGCCGGGACUACCGCCGUGGAGCACUCACAGGGGACCUGUGUGAGGACUUGUGCGUGGCAGGAAAGCUGCUGUACCAGCGCUGCCUGUACUACGAGCGGGGCAAGAAGGUGCUGCAGGCUGACUGGCGCGGCCGGCCUGUGGUCCUCAAGUCCACCAGUGAGAACUUCUCCAGCUUCCAGUCCCUCGGCUUGCUGGAUGAGGAGGCGGGGGAGGGCAGCCAGGACAUCCCUGAGGCAGAGCUCCUCCUGAUGGUGGCAGGACAGGUCAAGAACGUCCUGGGCCUGGAGCUGUCCAGUGGCAGCCUGGGGCCUCUGUGGCCGGGCCAGCAGGGCCCACGCUGGCGGGGGCAGCUGGCCAGCUCGUGGGCCCUGCUGCAGCAGGAAGAGUUCAUCCACCUCAGCCUGCUGCAGGGCCUGAGUCAGCACGUGCUGCCCGUGCUGGGCUCCUGUGGUCACUUCUACGCAGUGGAGUACCUGGCCGCUGGCAGCCCCCACCACAGGACUCUCUUCCCCCUGGAUGAGGCUGCAGGUAUCCCCUGGGGUGGCCAGGGCCAGGCCAAGGCCAUCAGCAACAUUGCUCUAAGCUUCUUGGACAUGGUGAACCAUUUCCACAGUGACUUCUCCCACCGCCUCCACCUCUGUGACAUCAAGCCUGAGAACUUUGCCAUCAGGAGAGACCUCACAGUGGUGGCUAUUGAUGUGGACAUGGCCUUUUUUGAACCUAAAAUGAGUGAAAUCCUUGAGCAAAAUUGCACAGGAGAUGAAGAUUGCAAUUUCUUUGACUGCUUUUCCAAGUGUGAUUUGAGAAUCAACAAGUGUGGAGCACAGCGUGUCAACAGCAACCUGCAGGUCAUCUGUGACAAAAUAUUUCGCCACUGGUUCUCCUCACCCCUCGAGAGCUCUGCCAUCUCCCUCCAGCUGCAGUGGCAGUUGCGGGGGGUGGUGCAGGAAUGCGCUGACUCCCCGAGAGCUGCCCCCAGCAUGUUCCGGAAGCUUCGCAGCCUCCUCCAAGCUGUGCAGAGGGAGCUGUGGGGGACAGAGAAGUAG